UUAUACUAAAUUUUUCUCAUUUAGAGAUCAAUGUGAAUUUACGAAGUAUUGUAAAUUGUAAUUCCAAAACUUUCUUUUACCAUUCCAAAUAAUAAAAACAGUGAUUUACCGCUGGAAAUUAUAACCAAUUUGUCUAAUUAAAUUUAUGUCAUAUGAGGUUACACCUGUUUCCAUAUAAGUCUUGCAGUCCGCAACUUUCCCGUUACCUGCAUUGAAUCAAUAUUUUGUUUUGCCACGUUUAAGCGGCAUUUAUUUUCGUGUAGUUACGUUUAAUAAUGGAAUAAACCUCCAGAUUUAUUUAUUAACUAUACGAAUUCAGGAUGUCCAGCAUGUCGGAUCGUAAGGCAGAGUUGGAGCGCAAGAAAGCAAAGCUCCAAGCUCUUCGUGAAGAAAAGGACCGUCGACGCCGAGAAAAAGAACAAAAAGAUGCAGAAGAGGCAUUGCAACGUGCAUCUACUGCUUCGAGCCUGGACAGUCGUAGGGACCUUGAUGAGAUGUUAUCAUCGCUAGGAGUGGCGCCAGUCAAAGAUGUUUUGUCAUCUUUAUCCUCAAUGACAUCACUCACCCCACCACAGACAGCAUCGCCGGAUGCAAGUCUCCCACAUACGGAUAAAUCCAGCUUACCUCCACAUGGAGGUCCUAAGAAACCGCCCCAGUUGCAAGUCGUCUCUGUACAGUCAACAGACAUACCUCCCAAAGAAAAUGUCACAUAUGCAAAGCAAACUCAGACUACAGCAUCAGGAGUCACCGAGUUGCGUGAUGGAUACAUGGAGGACUGGUGGCGGCCACGGAAAGCGCACGCAACUGACUACUACGACGAGUACAAUCUAAACCCGGGUUUAGAGUGGGAGGACGAGUUCACAGUGCUUACAUUCGACGGGGACGGCGCGCGGCAAGGCGACGACGAGGAGGCCGCGUUCCACGGGAAGCUGCCGCCCGGCAUCCUGCCGCACGGCCUGCCCACCGUCAAGGAGGUGCAGCCCGCCGUCACCGCCGCGCCCGAGAAGAAGGAGGAGGAGGAGAAGAAGGUCCGCGAGCUCAGCAACGACGAGAAGCAGACGAUCAUGCUGUCGGCCGAGUUCCAGAAGUUCAUCAGCCGCGCCGGCCGCGUCAUCGAGCGCGCGCUGGCCGAGUCCGUCGACAUCUACACCGACUACACGGGCGGCGCCGGCGACGAGGACGAGAAGGACGACCGGUCGCUGGCGCGGCUGGCGCCGGUGCGCACGUUCGGCGACGAGCGCUGGUCGCGCGGGCGCUGCGCCACGUGCCUGGACUGGUCGGCCGCGCACCCCGAGCUGCUGCUGGCCUCCUACCACAACAGCGACGACGCGCCGCACGACCCCGACGGCGUGUGCCUCGUGUGGAACACCAAGUUCAAGAAGCAGACGCCCGAGGACAUCUUCCACUGCCAGUCGCCCGUCAUGAGCGCCACCUUCGCCAGGUUUCACCCGAACUUGAUCCUGGGUGGCACGUACUCGGGCCAAAUUGUGCUUUGGGACAACCGCGUGCAAAAACGGACGCCCAUACAGCGCACGCCGCUGUCCUCGCUGGCACACACUCAUCCAGUCUACUGCCUGUCGGUAGUAGGUAGCCAGAACGCUCACAACCUGAUCUCUGUAUCGACGGACGGUCGUAUGUGUUCGUGGUCGUUGGACAUGUUGUCACAGCCACAGGAAACACUAGAACUUCAACAUAGGCAAAGUAAAGCAGUUGCUGUCACUUGUAUGGCAUUCCCUUACGGCGAUGUCAACAACUUCGUAUUGGGCAGCGAGGAUGGUAAUAUUUAUACUGGCUGCCGGCACGGGCAGCGCGCCGGCGUGUCGGAGAGCGUGGAGGCGCACGCGGGGCCCGUGACCGCCGUGUCGUGCCACGCCGCGCCCGGCGCGCUGGACCUCGCGCACCUCUACCUGUCCUCCUCCGUCGACUGGAGCGUCAAGCUCUGGAGCACCAAGGAGAACAAGGCGUUGUACUCGUUCGAAGACAGCGGUGACUACGUUGCCGAUGUCCGCUGGUCUCCAAUACAUCCCGCGCUAUUCGCUGCUGUGGAUGCGGGAGGCCGUCUCGACCUCUGGAACUUAAACAGGGACACUGAGGUACCGAUAGCGACGGUGAUGGCGGAGGGCGGAGCUGCCUUCAACCGAGUGUCGUGGAGCCCCAGUGGAACGCACGUCACAGCUGGAGACGACUGCGGCAAGAUCUGGGUCUAUGAGGUGGCCGAGAGCGUGGCGCAGCCGCGGCACGACGAGUGGAGCAAGUUCUUGGGCACGCUGGCGGAGCUGCGCCACAACCAGGCGGACGACGAGAGCGACCGCCUGGGCCUGGCCUCCGGCCCGCCCUCGCUGGCCUCGCUCACCAGCCUGGCCAGCAACCCGCUCAGAUAACUGAUGCAUUGGGAUAUUCGCUGCGGAUGGAAAUUGUAAGUUUACAGGAAGGCUGGACUCGUGACAUGACUGAAGGAAAAUUGGUGGUGCAUAAAGUACGAAUAGUUAUUAUAUAUUACAUUCGAUGUAUGGACGAUAUGUGAAUUGUUUCCUGGGGUCAAGUUUAUGAACUUUAAUAGAAACUGGAUACAGUGUUUCCGCUGCGGAUUUUAUCAGCAAUUAAAAAAACAAGCAGGAAAUAUGUUAUAAACAACAAAUGUUAGCACAAUAUCAAUACACUCAAUGCUUAUUAUAAACAAAGCAAAUAUGUACUCAAAUUAAAAUGUUACAUCUUCGUGUUUCCUAAUUACUGUUAUAUGAAUUUUAAUGUAACAUACAAAGAAAAUAAAAUAAGUAGUGACUGCAUUACUAUACAGAUUAUAUUUUAAUAAUUUGCAGUAGCAAUUCCUUUUUGAUUCAACUUUCGAACAACUAGAACUAUUCUGAUCCAUAUUCUAUAUUUUUAUCACUGGGUAGUUAAGCCUUAUGCAAAUAUUCAUAUAAUUAUUUUGUCAAUAUCCAACAACUUAUACACAAUUUCAAACUAUAAAGCCAAUAACAAAGAAGUUCAGUUAGUAUAGUUUUCAAAAGACAUAUUGAGGGUAGGUACAAAUCAAUACAUAUUGUAUUAUUGCUGAAUAUUGAAACAUCCUGUACUUACGACUGCUUUGAGGAAAGAUAUUUUUGUUUAGUAGAAGGUCGGAACUUAUAUCAGUGUAAAAUAAUAAAACUUUAGAACCUUUUAGAAUAUAUGCAAUGUCUAGCUAGACUUUCAGCUAUUUAAUUACAAAUUACAAAAUGUGAGAUAACGUAAAUUAGAAUGUUAAUAUGCAGAACUGGAAACAGUGAAUAUAAUUUAUAUCUGAACCGAUUUUUAGUGCUGCUUUUAUCAAAGGAGUUGAUAUUAUUAAAAUGUAAUUGUUAGAUCAUCAUAAAGGUGUAAUUAUUGUUACUUUUGCAUGGAUAACUCUAUCGUAAUUAUUAAAUAAAUUAUAUAUUUAUUAAAAGACUAUUCUUUAAAAAGUUGAAAUUAAUUUUCUUAGGUAUGCUUCGUAAUAAAGAUGAAUAAAUAACAUUGCUUCAAA